CACUCGCCGCGCCCAUUCUUGUUCCUUGAUUUCCUGCCUCGUGUCCCGUUGAUAAGUCUCGCCUUUAACCCUGUCCCUCCCUUCUUACUCCACUUUUGACCUUCUCUCAAUCCAACCCCACCCUCAGCCACCAUGAAUGACCCCGGACUCGACGGGCCGGCGCAGGAGGCUGCCCAAGAUGUCGAGCAUAAUAUCUACGAGGAAGAUCGCGAAAAGGCAAGGAAAGAGGAACAGGACUUCCUGGAUCCAAGUCGCUGGUGGUUUGCCUCUACCGCAUGUCCGCUUAUCGCAGGCACGUUCGGUCCAAUGGCGAAUGCAUUCUCUAUUUGUGCACUGGUAGAGAAUUGGAGGGUGUACAUACCUCCGGGGCUGGACGAAGGGCAUGGCAACGCCAUUGAAGACCCGAAAUGGCUGAUCGCUAUUAAUUCCAUAUCCCUCGCGUUCGCCAUAAUUGCCAACAUUGCUCUUCUCCUGAAUAUGGCCCAGCGGCUGUCAUUCGCGAUCGCACAGCCCAUCACCAUUGUUGGCUGGUUCAUAUCCUCGGCCCUCCUUAUCGUCCUCGUGGCCCUAGCUUCAUCAUCCAUCUUCCGCAUACCGCCCAUGCAAGAACAUGCCUUGACCCAAGCCUUUUAUUAUGGGAUUAUUGCGGCUGGCCUAUAUUGCAUCAUUGCCUCGUUGAUGGUUGUAACCGUGGUUGGUGCAUACAGGGGUCAUUACCCCAAGGAAUUCCGGCUUACUCCAAGCCAAAGAACCUUGAUGUUGCAGACGAUUAGCUUCAUGGUCUAUCUCCUUUUAGGGGCUUUAGUCUACUCAGCCAUCGAGGGCUGGGAGUUCCUCGAUGCCGUGUUUUGGGCGAACUUUACUUUGCUGACAAUUGGCAUUGGAGGUGAAUUCGUCCCCAAGACUCAUACCGGCCGUUCUUUACUAUUUCCUUACGCAAUCGGCGGGAUAGUGAUGAUCGGUUUAGUCAUCGGCUCUAUUCGAUCGCUGGUCCUCGAAAGAGGGAAAGCAAAAAUGUCUGCCAGAUUCAUGGAGACCAAGAGACAAAAGGUUCUCUCAUCCCUGGAUUCAGAGGAACGCACAAUUCGCUUAGGGUGGUUUGAGAAGAUCAAUUUUUCUGAGAAGGGACUCUCUGAAUCCCAAAGGAGAGAGCAAGAAUUCAGGGUCAUGAGACGGGUUCAAGAGAAAGCGGAAAGGAAUAGGAGAUACUAUGCUCUGGCCAUUUCUUCCACGGCAGCCCUUCUACUGUGGUUCAUUGGAGCCCUUGUAUUCAUGCAUUCCGAGAAACCACAGGGCUGGAGUUAUUUCGUAUCUCUAUAUUUUGCGUACACGUCUCUCAUAACCAUCGGCUACGGCGACUACACCCCCGCAAGUAAUUCUGGAAAAGUAUUCUUUGUAUUCUGGUCUCUACUCGCUGUCCCGACCCUGACAAUCCUCAUCAGCAACAUGGGCGAUACGGUCAUCAAAGCCUUCAGAGAUCUGACUAUCUGGGUUGGGUCUUUGACUGUACUUCCUGACGAAAAUGAUCUCUAUACUACGAUUAAAAUUGGGAUUCAGAGAGUGCGGGUUGGGAAGUUGUACAAGGGCAAAGACAAGUCGGAGUCCACCCCUGACGCCGUUAGCCAAAGUAUUCUUGAUCGAUUGGCUGAACAUAUCGAAGGGCAAGAGCUUGGAGAAGCAGUAGAAGCUGGUGAGCACGGUGAUGCACUGGAGCGAGAUAUUCAUUUCUACCAUUUUGUUUUGGCUACGGAGAUCCGCCAGCUCAUGAAGGAUGUUGAUGCUUCACCGCCCAAACAGUAUACGUAUCAGGAAUGGUCAUACUAUCUCCGACUGAUCGGCCAAGAUGAAGGCGACGCUUCUCGUCAUAGAAAACCUAGGAUUCAGCAUGACAGCAACAAACACCAAUCCCCAGAUCUUGGGGUCGCAGGCAGCGAAGACGAGAAUGGAGAUGCGUAUACCUGGAGCUGGCUUGGCAUUCGGAGUCCCUUGAUGGGCAAUAAAAAUGAGGCACAGUGGCUGCUGCAAAGAUUAACUGUCGUGCUUGAACGCGAGAUGCGGGAAAUGAGGUCGUCUGACAUGAGGCUAAGAAAAGAGCCUCCGCCUAUUUCAAUGGAAGAGCUGAGGAAGAACCCUUCGAAUUCUGGGUCUGGGUCAGAUCUAGGGCAGCUGUUGGAGAAGGGGCUUGGUCCGGCAGAGGUCCGGAGAAGACAACAAAACGACCGCUUAAGCUAG